AGGCCACCUCGGCAGCGACAGCCCGGAAGGGAGGUGAAGGUCCGCUUGGUGCUCUGCGACCCCAGGUUCGGGCAAAAAAGAGAAAAGCGAAGAGAGUGUGAGCCCUGGCCGUUGCUUCGCGGCCCUGGCCGCUUUCUCUUCUUGACCCGACGCGUUUGUUUGGAUUUAAUCUUCAGGUUGCCGGCACCCGCCCGCCCGCUGGCCUCGCGGGGUGCGGGGGAAUCACCCGUGCAUGUGGCUGGCGCCUGCCGGGUCUACACACCCGCCCGUCCGCGCCGCUUGCCCGCGGCAGCCGCGUCCCUGAACCGCGGGGUCGUGUUUGUGUUUGACCCGCGGGCGCCCGCAGCAGGGCGCGCGGCCGAGGCCGGUGCCGGCGGGGCGGGGCGGGCGCGGCGGAGGCGGAGGAAGAGAGAGCGGGAGCCCUGGGAGGCCGGGCGCCGCCAUGGAACUGGGCCCGGAGCCCCCGCACCGCCGCCGCCUGCUCUUCGCCUGCAGUCCCCCUCCCGCGCCGCAGCCCGUCGUGAAAGCGCUGUUCGGCGCACCAGCCUCCGGGGGCCUGUCGCCUGUCACCAACCUGACGGUCACCAUGGACCGGCUGCAGGGGCUGGGCAGUGAAUAUGAACAGCCGCUGGAGGUGAGAAACAGCAGUCUGCAGAGAAUGGGCUCCUCUGAGUCAACCGAUUCAGGCUUCUGUCUGGAUUCUCCUGGGCCCUUGGACAGUAAAGAAAACCUUGAAAAUCCCAUGAGGAGAAUAAGUUUCCUGCCUAAGCUCUUGGGAUGUAGCCCAGCUCUGAAGAGGAGCCAUUCUGAUUCUCUUGACCAUGAUGUCUUUCAGCUGAUGGACCAGGAUGAGAACAAGGAAAACGAAGCCUUUGAGUUUAAGAAGCCAAUAAGACCGGCAUCUCGUGGCUGCCUGCAUUCUCAUGGACUUGAGGAGAGUAAAGAUCUCUUCACACAGAGGCAGAACUCUGCCCCAGCUCGGAUGCUUUCCUCCAAUGAAAGAGAUGGCAGUGAACCAGGGAAUUUCGUUCCUCUUUUUAUGCCCCAGUCCCCUGUGACGGCCACUUUGUCUGAUGAGGACGAUGGCUUCAUGGACCUUCUUGAUGGAGAGAAUCUGAAGAAUGAUGAAGAGACCCCGUCGUGCAUGGCAAGCCUCUGGACAGCUCCCCUUGUCAUGAGAAGAAUGACAAACCUUGGCAAUCGAUGCAAGCUGUUUGACUCUUCUUCCACAUGUAGCUCCAUCACCCGGACAGUGUUAAAAAGACCAGACCGAUCUCAGGAGGAGCACCUGCCCGUAAAUACGAAGCGGAGAAAGAACAUGGCUGGGGCCAGUGCCGAAGAGGCAGCCAGUCCAGAGAAGCCCCAGGAGAUUCUACAUCAGUCUUUAUCCCUGGCAUCUUCCCCAAAGGGGACCAUUGAGAACAUUUUGGAUAAUGACCCAAGGGACCUUAUAGGAGACUUCUCCAAGGGUUAUCUCUUUCGUACAGUUGCUGGGAAACAUCAGGAUUUAAAAUACAUCUCUCCAGAAAUUAUGGCAUCUGUUUUAAACGGCAAGUUUGCCAACCUUAUUAAAGAAUUUGUUAUCAUUGACUGCCGGUACCCGUAUGAAUAUGAGGGAGGCCACAUCAAGGGUGCGGUGAACUUGCACAUGGAAGAGGAGGUUGAGGAUUUCUUACUCAAGAAGCCCAUCGUGCCUACUGAUGGCAAGCGUGUCAUUGUCGUGUUCCACUGCGAGUUCUCUUCUGAGCGAGGCCCUCGCAUGUGCCGGUACGUGAGAGAGAGAGAUCGGCUUGGUAACGAGUAUCCCAAACUCCACUACCCUGAGCUGUAUGUCCUGAAGGGCGGGUACAAGGAGUUCUUCCUGAAAUGCCAGUCUCACUGUGAGCCCCCCAGCUACCGGCCCAUGCACCAUGAGGACUUCAAAGAAGACCUGAAGAAGUUCCGCACCAAGAGCCGGACCUGGGCAGGGGAAAAGAGCAAAAGGGAGAUGUACAGCCGCCUGAAGAAGCUGUGAGGGCGGCCGUGCCAGACAGCAGCAGCCUGAGGCUCCCUCCAUGCCUCCCCCCUUCCCUCUUUGCUGCAGAGAAACUUGAGCGAAGGGGCCAGCCGCGUGCACGACGUGUGGAGAGAGGACCCGGAGCCGGUGGGCCUUCCCCCGGCUCUGCGCUCCCGGGGUUGGAGCAUCCCGCCAGCCGCACCCCUUCCGUCCCUGUAAGACAUUCUCCUUCUGCCUCGGGACUGGCCGCCAAGGCUGUCACUGCUGUCACUGGCUGCAGCACCAGUCCGAGCACAGAGUCAAGAAGUUCUGACUUCUCACUGCCCGCCGUCGGACAGACCACCUGGGGCCUUACUGGGCACUGUCCUCUCCUGGGGGCGGGUAGGAGAGUGUGAGAGAAGUAACGGAAGCCGAAAUGCCGUGGUCAGAUGCCAGAGACAGCCUGGGAAGGGAAUGGUCUUGGUGGGAUAACCCGUAUCGUUAAUUUAUUCAACUUCAUCAAUCACUUUAUUUUUUUUUUUUUUUUAACUCCUGGAGACUUUUAUUUAACUGCUUCUUUAAGUCAUAAUACUGCCAUUCUGGGUAGGGUUUUAUCAUCCCAGGGACUACCUCUGCUUUUAAAAAAAAAAAAAAGUUGGGGGAGAAGCGGCAAACUUGUGUUGAGGGACAGAACUAGGAGCUCUGUCACCCCCCAGGAGGCACUGUGGUACUGGGCCCGCUGCUAUUUAAAGCCAAGGACUGAGGUACUGGUAGGAACAGGCACUGGACUCAGACUUGGCUACAGGACAUAAGCUAAACCUCCCAGACCUACCUCGAAGGCCACUGAGAUCUAUGGGGGGGGGUGGCCCUGCUCUUCCUCACCCCAGUUCCCUGUGACGCUGGCUGGUAUAGGAGUCCCAGUCAGCAAAGCACUUCAGGCAGCUUCCAUUGGGCCGCCCCCAGGUCAUUGUUGGAAUGUGGUAGUGUAGGUGUCCUAGAGUAGGGGGGGGGCAGGGCGGGGGGGGGCUCUUCGGGAUGGGGGAGGGGAGUGUACACUGAGUGUCUUGGAUUACUCUGAUACUCUUGAAUAGCUUUUAAUUUUCUAAAAAUAGUCAUUGUCCAAGUCAAGGAGGAUCAAAUCAGUGUUCGUGGGCCACCCAAGGGUGAAGAGGGGCUGGAAGCCCUGGGCAUUAGAAGAGGGGUGUGGGUGCUGGCAUACAGAUGACUAUACCGAAUGUGUUUCUCAGGAGGCAGCGUGGUGGGUUUUGAAGGUAAAACUUUCCGAGUUUAUCAUGUUUGAAUUUGAGGGACAGGGAGUGAUGGAUCAUCCCUAGUUGCCCCCUCAUCUAACCCCGUGGAAAUGGGGGUCUCAAAGGAACAGCUCCUAUCCAAGGAGCUGGGCUGACUUGGUUGAUUCUGGACAGGCCUAUUUGGUUCCUGCUCAUCCCUACCCAUAGGCACCAGCCCCCACACCAUCUUUGCUCCACUGGGGUGUAGCCAACUUUUUCUUAAACACAAGAGCCAGUCUCCCCUCUUAAUUCCUUUCCUCCUCCCAAGGUAGGGAAGGAAGCAGUGGUACCAGAGAUGGUUUGUUGUGUUGUUAUGGGUUCCAGUUGCAUUUGGCUGUAAAACAAUCUUGUUAGAAAAAAUCAGUGGGGAGGAGGGGAACAGGAAGAAAGAGGAAGGCCUCUUCCCCCUCUCACCACACAUUGAGACACAUCUCAGUUGGUCUCUAAUCUUGUUUGUAGGGAUUCUGUUGGUUGGAUGCCUGGAAAGGGAGGUGGGAUGGCCUUCAGAUGGUACCAGCUUAGCUCACAUUACUGACCAGCUGUUGCAGGCUCUGAAAAUAAAAACAAUCCUGAACCCAU